GCGUCGACAUCUCGGGCAGCUUCAGAUCGCCUGGUGGAGACGCAGCGGAUGUGAAACCUCGCGCUUUUCGCACUUUAUUUAAAGGGAACAAAAAAAACACACACACACCACAUCACAACAGAGGACUUUCCAAAUCGGGUCUCGCCUUUUUAAUACAAAACAACAACAACUUUUGAGAAGAAGUUUACUUUUUCUUCCCUCUCUGGGUUGCCUACAAUUUUGGUUUUGGAGUGAAGAUGGGAGCCCAAUUGUCUAAGGGUGGAGCAGCCGAGGCUGAGAGCGCAGCCGCUAAAACCAACGGCCAGGAGAACGGCCAUGUCAAAACCAACGGCGACGUGUCGGCCAAACCCGAGGGAGAGGCGGCCGUGGCCGACGGCAACGGAACCACGGAGGCCGUCAAAGAGACGGCGGAGUCCGGGGACGCCAUCGAGGCUGCAGACGGCGAAGGAACCAGCGCCAAUGCGGCGGAGGGCGAGGCACCCAAGGAGACCAAGAAGAAGAAGAAGUUCUCUUUGAAGAACUCGUUCAAGUUUAAAGGUUUCUCUCUGAAGAAGAACAAGAAGAGCACUGAGGAACCGGCGGAAGCGGCGGCGGCAGCGCCAGAGGAGAACGGCCAGGCCCCCAAGGAAACCAAAGAGGAGGAGGAGCCGGCUGCCGAGACCAACGAGGCAGCUGCAGAGGCAGAGGCAGAGGUAGAGGCAGCACCUGCUCCAGAGGCUGCAGAGGAGGAGGCUAAAGCAGAAGAGCCCGCCCCUGUGGCAGAAGCCACACCCACAGAGGAAAGCGCCAAAACCGAGGAAGCUCCUGCUUCCACUCCGGCCGAGACCGAGGCCACGCCUGAGGCCACGCCCGCUGAGCCCACACCAGCCUCGGAGUAACCUACUGCGACCGGACUGAUUUUUCCCCCUCAUUCCUUUCUUUUUCUUUCUUUUUUUUUCCCCCCCUUUUGUUUUCAUUUUCUUUUUUUUUUUUAAAAGAUUGAAAUAUAUGAAAUAUAUAUACGAGACUUGAGCCACGUCAUUGAAGUUUCAUCGAAGUCACAGCAGUGUCACUACAGAGAAAGACGAGCCAAUAAAAAAUAAAUAACUAAAAGAUAAAAAGAUCACGGUUUCUCUCGUUCACUCGUUCCUUCUCUGCUGUGGACGUACGAAUCGGGACUGAGGAGAGGAGGAGAAACGCAUCCUCCAGACAGAUCGGAAUAUUUUCCACUAGACGAAAGUGUAUCAUACGUAACAGUCUCACAGCCCAGGUUUUUUUUUCCCCCCGUCUCGGACGCCGGUGGCAGGCGAGCAAAUCGACGACUCGUCACUGACGGUUAAAGGACAAUGUGAAGCCUCUUGAAAUAGUGUGUAUGUGGUUUGUUUUUGUUUUGUUUUUAGAAGAUCUACAUUCCUCCGUUCUUUAACCCCCUGAGAACACAUGCGAGUAUUUAGUGCAGAGACUUUGGAGGGGUGGUUUAGGUUUAGGCUGGUUUCUGAUGAGCCUGUGAAAGCGUGUCGUCUCUCCGGAGCUCGACGAAGGGAUGUACAAAACCACUGCUUUUAUCAGCUUCUUUUCCUUUGUUCAUCUGUAUAUAAUUUUUUUUUUUUUUUGCUAACAUUUAAACGUUAAUGGUUUUAUUGUAAGAUCAAGGGCAAAUAAAAUGUUGGAUCUCCUCAUUA